AUGUGCGUUUACGAAACAUUUCAAUCAGCUUUGAAGUACGGAUCGGAUAUCGACUGUGUGGAUGAAGAAAGCAGCACACCACUACACUUAGCAGCUUUACUCGGCUAUACAUCAAUGGCCGACAGACUUGUCGCCAGAGGUGCCAGCAUAUCGCCUUUGGACGACUAUUUCCGCACCCCGUUACACGUGGCAAUUUGGAACGAACACUCUGAGAUAGUUCAGCUGCUACUUCGCCACGGAGCCGAUGUGGGCAAGCCGAACGAUGAUGAUCAUGUAGAGGCGUGCCUGAUCGCCGCAGCACGCUUUAGCCAGGUCGACAUAAUUCAACUGCUCUUGGACCAUGGCGCAGAUGUGGGCGCUACUUCGGAGAACCAAGAGUCAGCCUUAGGCGUCGCUUGUGAUCGCGGCCACCUUGAAGCAACCAGACUGCUUUUACGGUAUGGCGUGAAUCCGGCCAGAUGCGACCGAGAUCGCAACAGCCCCUUGUAUGUGGCUUCGGCUAAGGGGCACCUAGACAUUGUCAAGGUCUUACUCGAAGUUACACCAGAUACCAGUCUGGACGGGCGAAAUGACGACGGAUGGACACCGUUACAUGCGGCGGCGCGAGGAGGUCAUCUCAAAGUUGUCGAAAUGCUUGUGGAGCGAGGCGCCGAUUUACGGGCUCUUCACAGCUAUAGAGGGUCACCUCUAUUCUGCGGAGUCACAAGCAAACAAGCCGCUGUAUGCAAGUACCUGAUUGAGAAAGGCGCGGACGUCUGUCAAGGAGAUGAUCGUGGUCAUACCCCCUUGACUCAAGCAGUUACAAAAAACGACAUCGAAAUCACAAGGCUCCUACUCAACCACGGUGCAGAUGUAGCGGGCACUAUAAGACCUUUCAGGGAGACAUGCUUACAUCUCGCGUGCCGUGGGGGUAAGGUCAGGCUCGAAAUGGUCAAACUGCUAGUUCAGCAUGGAGCGAAUGUGACGACGAGGAACAGAGCUGGAGAGACUCCGAUGGAUCUAGCGAUUUCCAGGGGUCACGAUGAUAUAGUCAGGUUCUUGUAUGAGUUGGGAUGUGUUCCAACACCUCAAAAUGGUCGUGGCCGACAAUCAGUAACGAACUCCGUUAGUGUUUGA